UCGAUUGAAAGCAGUGUCAUAAUCAUUAACGAGUGGUACACUGUAGGGUUUUCUGAUAGGCUAGUGUGUCAUUCUCCCCUACACCAUCAGAUUUCAGUACUUCCUCCUCCUCUUUCCUGAUAAACUUCCGUGUCGUUGCUCAUGCCCAGUCUCCAUGUUUGUAGCCACUCUAAAACGAAAAGGAGCUUCAUUUAACCAUACUGAGCAUGCGCCAAUGUUUUGGAGCAUGCUCAGAUGCAUAGUGUACCACUCGUUGAUGAUUAUGGCAAAGUGAUACUACACUGUCGUUGGCCAAUGAUGGAAAUAGUGUUUUCCUCUUCCUGUGCAUUGUAAGAACUCGUCUCUUCUGUCUCUAGGAGCGCUUCGCGCGGCGUCACGCUUUCCCUUCACAUUUAUCUCUGUGACAAAAGCCCUGGAAGUGGGAAAGCCGCUCCAUUUUACAUACCGGCUGCGUUAGGACUAUUCCUCCUCAUGUCUAUGGAAAGCGGGGGCUCAGUUGGGAAACAGAAGGGGGCCUGAUGCCGGUACGCCCAAUUAGGAGUCGCCCUCUGAGAGCAGCAGUUACAUGUAGCAUAACUUUCCCCUGUGUCCAUCGACGAGUUAGUCGCUGUGCAUCUGCGCAUACUCGGAAGCCUUGGAGCAGGCUCAGUAUGGUCAAAGGAAGCAGCUCCUUUUCCUUUUAAAUUCAACACAACAAGGGCACCCACCCACCCACCGCAGCAGAGCUCCUCGUCGCUGUUGCAGAGAGUCCCCCCCCCCCUUGAAUGGGAUGAGCCUGGUGAUACGCAAUCUGCAGAAAGUCAUCCCUCUCCGGAGGGCGCCGCUUCGUGAGAAGACAGAGCGACUCCGGGGCCUCCUGGGGGUGCCGCGCUUUGGCCUCGGCCUCAUCUGUGUGAGCAACAGGCAGAUCCAGCGGCUCAACAGAGCCUACCGACAGAAGGAUCUCCCCACCGACGUGUUAUCUUUCCCAUUUCAUGAGAAUCUGAAAGCAGGAGAACUACCACAGCCUUGUGCUAACGAUGAAAACAAUCUGGGAGACAUUUUUCUAGGAGUAGAAUAUAUCCAUCAACAAUGUGAGGAGAACAAAGAAAAUUACAACAGCAUUCUCACAGUGACUAUUGCUCAUGGCUUGUGCCACUUGCUUGGAUAUAAACAUGACACGGAAGCAGAAUGGCAGCAGAUGUAUAAAAAGGAAGCACAAAUUCUCCAGGAAUUAAGCAGGCUGUCAGACACAAACCUCCAACCACUGACCAAAAACCUCUUUUAAUGAUGUUAUGAUAUGUCUGUAAAGUAUUCAGAAAUCAUUAUUGGUUCUAUUUGUUUGCAUUUUGAUAGAUCAUUAAUAGUGGAUAUAUGCCUUUACCCAAUAAACAUAAACAAUGAUCUAAAUACA